AUGGCGGCGCCGUCUCCUGCAGCUCAGGUCGUGCUCAGCUUCCCCGGCUGUGACAUGACACACUCCGGCUUCCUGCUCCCCCUCUGCGCGGGCCUCCCGCUGCCCUAUGACUCUCCAGGCUGUGUCCCCGCCCUGGCCCGGCUGAGCCCCCCCUCCGCCGGGGCUCCUUCCCUCCCGCCAGUGUCUCCCCUCGGCCGCACCGCCCCUCCGCGCCACGAGGAGGCGCGCGCCGCUGCUCCGCCCCUGGUUCCCCCGCGAGCCUCUCCUUCCUCAGCCUUGCCCCGCCCCCUGCGUGUGGACGUCCCGUCCCUGCGCGCUGACGCGAGCGUGGUGGCUGGAGCAAAAGUGGCGGAGCCACUGACGCCAGGAGCGCCCACCCCGGCGGAGCGGGCCCGCGUGCCGAAGAAGGAGAAGCCCCGGGGGCAAAGCACAGGCGGGGGGAGCGCGCGCCGCCUGGUGCGGGGCUCGCCUUGGCACUUGCUUCUCCGGACUUGGGGUGAAGUCCUGGCCUGUGAGAACCCGGUUUCUUCAGGAACCACCCCAGAGCAAGGGAAAGAAGUUGAAUUUCUCUGGAGAGGAGAAAGGAAUCAGCAUUUAUUGAGCACCUGCUGGAGCAACAAGUUCAUCACUUUAGGUAGAUUCCUAGGAGUGGAAUGCUGGAUCAUAUGUAGAUCUGUUUUCAGUGUUCUGUGGAACCUCCACACAGCUGCCCAUAGUGGCUGGACCAGUUUGCACUCCCACCAGCGGUGUCAGAGGCUCCUUUCUCUCCGCUGCUUCUCCAGCAUUUGUUGUUCCCAGUUUUUCUUUUUUAACGUGGAGCAUUCUCACUGGAGUGAGGUGGUCGCUCAUUGUGGUUUUGAUUUGCAUUUCCCUGAUACUAGUGAUGGUGAAUGUUUUUUCUAUGCCUGUUGGCCAUUUGUAUUUCUUCUUUGGAGAAGUGUCUUUCUACCUCUGCCCAUUUUUUGGACUGGGUUGCUUGUUUUUGUUGAGUCGUGUAAGCUCUUUGUAGAUCUUUGAUAUCAGUCCCUUAGCUGUCAUGCGGUGUGCUGAUAUUUCCCCCCAUUCGGCAGGUGUCUCUGUGUUGACCGCCUGUGGCUGUAGCCCCAACUGUCUACAUUCUCUCUGGUUUCCUUGCUUCUGGAGAAGAAGCCUCAAAGACGUUUCUGAGGAUCAUGUCAUUGAGUGUUGGCCUGUGUUCACUUCUGUAUAUUCUGUGGGGCCAGGUUUCACAUGAAGUCUUUCAUCCACUUGACUUGGUUUGUGUAUGGUGUGAGGUAGUGGUCUAGUUUCAUUCUUUUGCAUGUUGCAGUCCAGGUUCCCCCGCACCAUUUAUGGAAGAGGCUAUUCUUGUUCCAAUGUAUAUUCUUUGCUCCUGUGUCAUUGGUUAGUUCGCCAUUGGUCUCUGUGUCUGUUUUUGUUCCAAUACUGUUUUCAUUAUAUAUCUUUGUAGUAUUCUUUGAUGUCUCAGAGUGUAAUACCUCGUGGGUCUGCUGCUCCUAAUGUUACAGGGCAGGGAGAGGGGCAGCCCAGAACCCCACAAACCUGCGUAUUCUAUAUAGGGUUCUGCCAUCCGCCACAUUAACACAAAAAUGAGACUUUAAUGGGAAGGAACUUUAAUAAAAUUAGGAAACAAUACAGGAAAGGCAAAGAAUCUAAAAGUUUCUAAAUCAAGUACCCAAAGUUACCGGUCCCCUCGUGGGUAAAACUCCAUCCAAAUGGGAUUGGCCCAGAGCAAGGCCCCAAAGCAUGCCACAAGUCUAAAGCUUCUUCCAGUGGGGAUCCAUAGAAAAGGGUCAGAAACAACCAGAACCACUGAUACCAUCAAGCCUAAACUGAAGCCUUAAACAGGAGAAAAACAACUCAGCUCCACCCAAAACAAUUUUGUUCCACCUAAACCUGUCCCCCCUGCCAACCCAAUUUUCCUGCCUAACCUCUCCUCACCCUAUAAAAGGGACAUCUCUCCUCACAACGGGUGUGGCUUCACGGACCCCCACGUUAGGUCUGUGAGGUCUGCCCGGGGCGCAAUAAAUUUUUCCUUUCUUUGAGAAAUUUAGCCUGGCUCUCCUUUUCUUUACCGCGCCGAACCUUUCACACCCCAUGGCAGGAAGGACCCCGUUCGUCUAACUCAACCACGGGCUAGCUAGAACACAUCUCGGCACAUACCAGAGGUUUCAUGAGCCCAUUGUUGUUUUGAAGGGUUGAGUGGAUGAAAGAUGGUCUUUAAUACAAUCAAUUAUUCCGUUUUAUUUUCUUAAAGAUUUAUUUAUCUAUGGUUCUGGUGUCAGGGUCAUCUUGUCUUUUUCUAUGUGGGCUUCCUCAUUCCUGGCCCCUGCAUCGACCUUUCAGGGGGUAAAUUCUAGAAGCUUCUUUAGAGGAGCUGGAAUGUCAAAGCCCAGUGGCCACAGCUCCAUGAGAACAUAGAAAACCAGGGAAGAGCCUGAUCGCAGCAGCUCAAAUCACAGCCUCAGAGCGUCCUUCCCCUGCGGGAUGUGAAAAUCAUCCUCUUUGGGGAGAAGGCUCAGCCAUCCCAGCUGUCCCCUGCAAUAUAUAGCACAUAGUAGGCUGGUUAUAAAAGUGUCUUGAGCGAUGGGGACAGUUGUGACCAGAUCUUUGAGAACAAACUUGUCCAUUCUUUCAUUCAUUCAUUCAACAACCCAAGAGUGGGCAGGUUUUAUGCCAGGGGCUCACAAAAAGUGGCUUAUCUAAAGCGAUACUGGAAACAGCAAACCGCUUAUAAUUUACACAGUGGAUUAUAUUUAAAAGCAUAGCUUCUUGUCAUUUAAAAAAAAUGUCACCCACAGCUCACUUUUCAAGUGUUUAUAAUUCCAAUUAGUGUGUAACAGCCAUUCUCUGUUUGUGUGCAUUUCUGUAAUAUCCUUCUUGUUACUCCACCUCACAACAUAAAAGCCAGGGCCUGACAAUUACAUCCCCCUACCACCCCACAUAUACCUCCAUGUCACCCCGCAUCACCCCUGCUUCCCCCAGCCCGGGAGCCAGCUGGGGGGAGGGAGGGAGGUCCCUGCAGACUGUUCCAAGCAGCUCUCGGCCAUUUUGUCAACGGAACCGACGUGCCCGGAACAGCCGUUUCAAGCAAAAGCGGCUGUUUCUCGCGGAUCCGCGAGGCCGGGUGCCCCUCCGCCAACGUGACCCGCGACCCUCGAUGGGCCCAGCCUUGGCCGAGUUUUCUUGGUCGCCUGGGGAUGUUUUUCAUGGCAGGUGAAAAAACCUGCUCGCGCAUGCG